AUUCUUACAGGUGAAGUAAAAAUGAAUUAUUUGUGCAAACCUUAUGUAGCCAUGGUCACAACAUACCAAAUGGCAGUGUUGCUUGCCUUCAACAACAGUGAAACUGUCAGUUACAAGGAGCUUCAGGAUAGUACACAAAUGAAUGAGAAGGAACUGACAAAAACCAUCAAAUCCUUACUUGAUGUCAAAAUGAUCAACCAUGACUCAGACAAGGAAGAUAUAGAGGCAGAGUCUACAUUUUCAUUAAAUAUGAACUUCAGCAGUAAACGAACAAAAUUUAAAAUUACUACAUCAAUGCAGAAAGACACGCCACAGGAGAUGGAACAGACUAGAAGUGCUGUAGAUGAAGACAGGAAAAUGUAUCUUCAAGCUGCUAUAGUUCGUAUCAUGAAAGCACGUAAAGUGUUGCGACAUAAUGCUCUUAUUCAGGAGGUAAUUAGCCAAUCAAGAGCUAGGUUUAACCCAAGUAUCAGCAUGAUUAAGAAGUGUAUUGAAGUUCUGAUAGACAAACAGUACAUAGAGCGAAGCCAGGCCUCUGCAGACGAAUACAGUUAUGUAGCAUGAUGUUGCUAUCCUGCAGGUAUGAUUGUAAGGAGAUCAUUGCUGUCACUGUUUGGUGUGUUCCUGUGGGAAGAGGCAGGCCUGUGCCUCCAUAAUUGGUCACUUGGCAGCCCCUGUUUUUCUGCUGUUUACAACAUCACCAGUGCCAUGUCAUGAGCGUCAAUGAAAAUGCCUAUAGAUAUUUCAAGCUCAUGUCAUUAUGACAUUUCUUAAAACUUUACUAAAAGAAUGAGUGAGGUAUUGCUGAAAUGUGGAAAAUUGGUUGGGUACCAUGCUUUUUUUUUUUUUCCCCCCUCCCCUUUCACGUUUGCAGUUGAUGUUUUUUAAUGUAUCUUAAGACAAAGUAAAAAAACAAAAACAAAAAACCUAAAUAUUGUAAUAUGACAGAUAACCUAAUAAUUGUAUCUACAUUAAAAUGUAAAAAAAAAAAAGACGAACAUGAUACUGCUGCUUGUCAAAUAAAAAAAUAAAGUUA